AUGGUGAAAAACUAUAUAAGAGAAACUGCAAAAUCAAGCUAUACUGAAGAUGAUGUACAAAAUGCUAUUGAAAAAAUUCGUACGAGAGAAUGGACAUAUGAAAAAGCUUCUAGUAUAAUAAAUAUUCCUACUGGAACGCUUGCACCUCGAAUAUCUCGAAAAUCAAAUCGACAAGUUGGUCGUCCCACAGCUUUAAAAAGAACAGAAGAAAAACGUCUAGUUGAUUUAAUCAUUACUUUGCAAGAUUAUGGAGAAUUAUCAACAAGUGAAGAUGUACUAAAGGUUAAAAAAGAAUAUUCUAUUCGUGCAGCCGUAAGAGAAUUUUCUAUUCCUUAUACAACUUUGAAUUCACACGUAAAUAAUCAAAUUUUUUAUGAUCGGGUUGGCCGACCAACAAAAUUUAGUGAAGAAGAAGAAGGUUAUUUAGAGCAAGCAGCUCUUCUUUUACAAAAUUGGGGUGUACCAUUAACAAUCGACGAAUUUAUAAAUCUUAGUAAACAAGAUGCAUCCUCUCUUAAUAAAAUGCAUUUGUUUCCGUCCGGAACACCAACAUACGAUUGGCUUUAUUCGUUUUUGAAUCGUCAUCACAAUCUUAUUUUUAAAAAAUCUUAUCCGUUAGAAAAGAAACGUGCAGCAUUGACAUGCGAGCAAGUGAAUAAUUGGUUUCAGUUGUUAAACAAAAUUCUUCAGGAAAAUAAUUUAUCAAAUAAUCCUGCUCAAAUUUUCAACUGUGAUGAAUCCGGCUUGUCCGACAGUAUCAGUUAUUCUAAAGUUAUUGUUCAUAGACAUACGCCUAAUGCUUACCGUAUCCAAGGUGGUACUGGAGGAAAAUCAUAUAUUAGUGCAAUGUUUUGCGAUUCGGCUGCUGGUGUACUUCUACCUCCAUUUGUUAUAUACAAGUCAAAACGAAUGCUUGAUGAAUGGUGUAUUGGAGGACCAGCGGAUGCUGGUUAUGAUUGUUCAAAGAAGUAA